GAUGAUGUUUUUUUAAAAAUUACAAAAGAGACAAAAGAUGAAAAUGAUUCUGGAAAAACGUCAGUUAAUAUUGAACACAUAGGUUUGUAAUAGCUUAACUAUAAAUGAAAAAAAAAUAGUAUUGAUGGAAUUCUAGCUAUUUUUUAAUUAAACUAUUUAUUUUAAUCAAGCAUGUGUCAGUGCUGUUCCAGAAGUUUUGAAAGAAUUUUAAAAUUUAUUCGACAUCAAAUUUUUUCACUGCUUAUUAAUCUAAGUAGAAAGUCUAUAUUUUAAUGAAUUCAAUUGAAUUUUAUCGUUUUAUGUUGUCAGUAUAAAGAAACUUUAUUUUUCAAAUAUUCAUAACAAUACAGACAGUUGUAUUUUAUAAAUAAUACCAUUCUUUUGUGAAUCUACUGUGUUCAAGAUAGUUGUGUACUGGGACAGUUUUCGGAAGGAUGUCCAAAAAGGUAUCCUAAUAUCAUUAUGAAACAAGAUUUUUGUUGGGUAUCCUGCUGAGAAUUGUUCCAGUACGUGGGUACUGAUCAGAUACUUGCUCGAAUACUUGCCCAGUUCGUACAGAGUUGUAUGAAAAAUGUUCCUACAAAUCAGUUGAUUGAACACUUAGACGUACUCUUAAGUCAAGCAAUACACAACUCAAAAGUGCCCUGAGAUAACUAAAGUAUCAAAAAGUUCAUGUUACAUACUUGGAGCAAAGUACUCUUCUUGGUACUUUGAACCCACUUCAUUCAUUUGGGAUUCAUUUGUUAACUUUAUAAUAGUUAACUUCAUGAUGGUUUCUAAAUAAUUCAGAGUUCUAAUUAAGAAAAGAUCUGUUUUUUCUAUUUAGAUGAACAGUGUCGUUAUGUUUUCGGCGAAAGACAAUUUUUUCAUGGUUGGCGUUAUUAUUUAAGUCAACUUCAUGGUCUAACAAUAAAAAUAUUACUUGUACGUUAUCGUCGUUGGGGAUUGACGCUUGUUGUUUUAUUACUACCAAUAGUUUAUAAUCUGUUAUCAAAUGUAAUAUCUCGAAGUCAAAAUGCAAGUGGUACUUUUAAAAUGGAAACAAAUUUACUUAAUCCACAAACAGUUCUUUAUAAAGUUGAUCCGCUGAUGGAAAAUUAUUUUCAAGCAGCUAUUGGGCCAAAGUCAAAUGGAUUAGUACUCGAACAAAGAUCAGAAAAUAUUUCUGCAAUGAACAAAUAUAUAUGGCAAAAACGCAUGGAUCGUCCGUACACUUAUACUGAUAUUUAUCUGGGUUUUGAACUACCUGCACCACAAGGAGAUACAUACAAAAUACAAACUUUAUCAUCAAAUUUAAUAUCAGGUCAUGAAGCUGUUUCAGUUGCGUCAAAUGUAUUUUUUAAAUAUGCAUUAAAUGACACUAGUGCAUCAAUUGAAACAACAUUAAUUUAUAAAAAAACAGGAAAUUUGACAAUAGAACCAACAAUUGGUAGUUUAUUGAAUGUAUUAAGUAUAGCAUCAUGUUAUCUGAAGGUUUUACCAGCUUCACUUAUAUUAGAUGUGUAA